AGGACUAGCCUUCUCCCUUUGCCGCUAGAGCUCCAGUGAACUGCUGCCCAGAACCUAGGCACCUCAGACAUCUCAUUUCAUCCGUUAUUCCGCGGUCACUGUAUAAAUCACCUGCACGUUUGUAAUCCCGUGAAUCUCGCCGCAGCUCAAUGCUCAGAGAAGGUGUCGAAAGGGAAUUUCAAGAGUUUGAAAGAGAGGGUCUCCUUGGACCGCGGGGAGCUGUCUCAGGUGCUGAAGCUUUCCAGUCGUUGGUCUCUGCCAACACGACACGGAGUCAGGCAGCACACUCUCAUUCCCGGCUCAUUCACGGCUUCCCCAUGCCUUGGAUAAGACUCAUUGCAGAGUCGUGAAUAUAUCCCUCCGUAUCAUGGCCUACGUGAGACACUUUCGGACUUUAGUUUCGGGAUUUUACUUCUGGGAAGCAGCACUGCUACUCAGUUUGGUUGCAACAAAGGAAACAGACAGUGCAAGGUCUCGAAGUGCCCCAAUGUCACCUUCUGACUUUUUAGAUAAAUUAAUGGGAAGGACGUCGGGGUAUGAUGCCAGAAUCAGACCCAAUUUUAAAGGCCCUGCAGUUAACGUCACAUGCAACAUAUUCAUAAACAGCUUUGGUUCUAUUGCUGAGACAACCAUGGAUUACAGAGUGAAUAUUUUUCUUCGUCAGAAAUGGAAUGACCCGCGUCUUGCAUAUAGUGAAUACCCUGAUGACUCCUUGGACCUAGAUCCUUCCAUGUUGGAUUCCAUUUGGAAACCUGAUUUGUUCUUUGCCAAUGAAAAGGGAGCCAACUUUCAUGAAGUGACUACAGACAACAAGUUGUUAAGAAUUUUCAAGAAUGGGAAUGUUCUUUAUUCAAUAAGGUUGACAUUAACACUCUCCUGUCCAAUGGAUCUCAAGAAUUUUCCGAUGGAUGUACAAACAUGUAUAAUGCAACUGGAAAGUUUUGGGUACACAAUGAAUGAUCUCAUAUUUGAAUGGCAAGAUGAGGCACCUGUACAAGUGGCAGAAGGACUCACUUUACCCCAGUUUCUGUUGAAAGAAGAGAAAGAUUUACGAUACUGCACUAAACAUUACAACACAGGAAAGUUUACAUGUAUAGAAGUGCGAUUCCAUCUUGAACGACAAAUGGGCUACUACCUGAUCCAGAUGUACAUUCCAAGCCUCCUGAUUGUCAUUCUCUCCUGGGUUUCCUUCUGGAUCAACAUGGAUGCUGCCCCAGCCCGGGUAGCCUUGGGAAUAACCACUGUGCUGACCAUGACCACACAGAGUUCAGGAUCACGGGCUUCCUUACCAAAGGUCUCAUAUGUCAAAGCUAUUGAUAUCUGGAUGGCAGUGUGCCUCCUUUUUGUGUUUUCAGCACUUCUGGAAUAUGCAGCGGUAAAUUUUGUAUCAAGACAACACAAAGAACUUCUGAGAUUUCGACGAAAGAGAAGGAGUAAGACAGAAGCUUUUGCAUUGGAGAAGUUUUACCGUUUCUCAGACACGGAUGAUGAGAUAAGGGAAAGCCGGUUCAGCUUCACAGCUUAUGGAAUGGGGCCGUGUCUGCAAAGCAAAGAAGGUGUGACCCCAAAGGGCCCCAACCAUCCUGUCCAAGUAAUGCCGAAGAGCCCAGAUGAGAUGAGGAAGGUCUUUAUCGACCGGGCCAAGAAGAUUGACACCAUCUCCCGAGCCGGCUUCCCAUUAGCCUUUUUGAUUUUUAAUAUUUUCUACUGGGUUAUCUAUAAAAUUCUUAGGCAUGAGGAUAUUCAUCAGCAGCAAGAUUAAGUCUCGGGGAGUGUGCAAGUGUGCAAACUCAAUCAAGUGUGGUAACUCAGAGGGAAGGCUUUUUGCCUAAGGGUGUUUCUGUGUGUGUAUGUGUGUGUGUGUGUGUGUGUGUGGUUUACAAAUGAUGACCAUUGUGCUCAAGUGACGUAUGGAAAGGUAUGAUUAUGACUUGCUAUGCAAAGUCAUGAGGCAGUUAUGAUUCUUUUAAUGAAUACAAAAUAUGUGUAUUAUUGGG